GCUCUCUUUCGUCAGCUGCUCUCUCUCUUAAAUUUGUCACCGGAAAAAGCUCAUUUUUCUCCUUCUUCCCAUAUGGCUAACAAACCAAAACCGUUCCUUCCUUUUUUCAUUUCUCUUAGUUUUUUUUUUUGUUUUUGUUUCCGGUUGUGUUUUUCAGCUCCUUGGUUCUUCAGUUCUGGGUUAAGAUAAAAUCGUAAAAAUUGAAUCUUUAUUGAACAAAGAUGAUUCGCCAUGGAAGCAAAAGCUAUGAUGACACCAAUAAAUAGAUAAAGACAGGAUUUUUUUUCACAGCUUAGGGACCUCUGCAUUUUCCCUGUUUUAUAAAGAAAUGUCGAAUCUUUCAGCAAGAACAGGACGAGACCAUCAACGUUAUGACAACAACUUCCGUCUUGUUUCUGGAUGCAUUCCAUAUAGGCUGGUGAAAGAUGAAGAGGAGGAGGACUCAACAAGUGUUGACUUUGGAAACAAGCUUGAAGUUCUCAUGGUUUCAUCUCCUAAUCGUCACGAUCUUGUUUUCCCAAAGGGAGGGUGGGAAGAUGAUGAGACUCUUCUUGAAGCUGCAUCUCGUGAAGCCAUGGAAGAAGCAGGAGUUAAAGGAAUACUAAGAGAAGAUCCAUUAGGUGUUUGGGAAUUUAGAAGCAAGAGUAGCAGCAUGGAAGCUGAUUGCUGCUUAGCUGGUGGAUGCAAAGGUUAUAUGUUUGCGUUAGAAGUGAAGGAAGAACUCGCGACAUGGCCAGAGCAAGAAAACCGCGAGAGGAGAUGGUUGAAUGUUAAAGAAGCCUUGGAGCUGUGUCGGUAUGAGUGGAUGCAGAGCGCGCUUGAAGAGUUUCUAAGAGUAAUGGCAGAAGAAGGAAGCACAAAGGAAGACUUUCUUGAUAUUUCCAGCAUUUCGAAUAGAGGAGGAGAGCGUCAAAUUGAUCCUCAGUACUGCUCAGUAGUUAAUUAGUUUCGUUUCUUUAGGCUUAUCAAACUUCUCAAUUGUAAUAUAUUAUUGAAAGCUUCUUCUGUAAACAAAGUUAAGACAUGAUGAGAAGCAAAUGGUUUAAGACCCUGUGACUUGAAUGUGUUUCUCAAAAGUAAAAAGACAAACAGAGAUUAUAUUAA